ACUUUUAUUACUUGAUAUUUUGUAUCAAAGAUGGCGCUACUCGGCUGUUAAAGUGGCGCCAUCUAGUGUAUAAAAAUUACAUAAACUAUUCAUUUGUUUUUACUGUGUUUUGCGUGUUUUUCAACAAAAAUGAUCGCGAAUAAAGUAGAUUAGAAUGACAAAGAGAAGGCGUAUGUAACAAUAAUAAUGAGGAUAACAAUGUGACAAUCAGUUGAUAGUAAUAAGAAUUGUGUUGAAAAUGUUUCUUCUACAUAACUUUAUUAUUUUUUGGGCCAUAUUUAUAAAUAUUUGUCAAGGAUCUGAACGAAUUCUGACAUAUAAAUUAAAUCCCGGAUGCGGGGAAAUAUGUGAUGGAAAAAAUUUAACAACUUUUUACUUAAGAGCUGAUGGCUCUAAUGAUACCUUACACUACCUUUGGGAUUUUAUUGGUCAUCCAUCAAUCCUUCUAACAGUUACUUCGUCCACAGCUGAGUUAAAUAUAGACUGGAAAAAUUAUUUAUCUCAUCAACCGAAAUCUAUAAAUUUUACUGAAACACCUUUAUAUAGUUUUGGUUUAUUAGUGGAGAAGAUUUUAGAAUUUAAUGACGUCAAUGAUACGGGAUCAAUUUUCAAUAUAAGUGAUAAUUAUAUAAAUGUCUUGAAUUCACAAUACUUUCACUGGAUCAGAAAGAAUACGGCAGAAAAUAAGAGGUUUAUAGAGUUAGAUAUGAUAGGAAAAAAUUAUAAUGAUCCAGAGUCCAAUACAUCGAGAGUUGGUGAUAUAGAAAUAAUACUUAAUGGAUUUAGUACACUUGAUCAUUCAGAUGUGACACCACAUUUAUUACACUCUGAAAAUUCAACGCAAAUAGAUUUUGUUAUUAAUCAUUUUAAAACAAAUUCGUCGUUCACUAAGAGUAGAUUUGGAGUAGAACUUAUGAUGAUUAGUCCAGGAGACCCUAAUUCUAAAAUGUUUGUUGAUACUAAGAAGAGUCUGGAUGAUGAACAUACUCCAGGAAUAUUUGAGAUUGUUGAAAUAACAACUCCAAAAAUAACAGUUAAAAAUAAUAAAGAAUCAGCGUAUUUACAAUGGAGACCAGUUUCUUACUCAACAUCAGAUAGAGAUGUUACAAGCUCAACAGAAACUAUUCUUUAUCCAUUGAUAAACAGUUUAGAAAUUCCUCACAAUUCACUCUUGUAUGCAUUUUAUGGUAAUGAAACAAAUAGUUUGUUGAUAGAAAAAAUGAAUAUUACAAUUGGAACAUCCGGAGAUGGAUUCUAUAAGAAAACCAAUUAUACCACAUGGACUUUCAUUGUUGGUUAUGGUAGUCCACCAGGUGAACAAUUUUCCUACUUGGUCAUCAUGAUUAUAUCAAUCGGCGUUGGACUGCCUGUCAUCACAAUGAUUCUGGCGGCAAUUCAUGCUUGUAUUCGCAGAUUACGAAGGAGACAAACUACUAGAUUAGUUAAUUCAUAAGUGAUAAAUCAAUUACAAAUAUUAAUAAAAACAUUAAUACAUGAUAGUGAAA